CUUUCAACCGAUCUAGUGUGCAGGUGUUGUUGGGUGAGCAGAAUGAACUUCAUUCCCUACCGUAGUAAAAGUGUUCCACCGCUGGUGGCCGGACUGCCGACAGGAAUGCGGGGUCGUGAUUUGGACCGAAAUCAGCGAUCGAUGCCCUACAGUCGAAACCGAUCGUUUGCUGGUGUCCGUAACGAAACGACUAGUAAUGCGCCACCUAACGUCUCUAGACAACCCGAUCGAUCCGAUGGCAGCAAUGUUGGAGGGGACGGUCCAUACGUUAUUGUGGUGGUUGCCGAAGGGCGUGGACAUGCAGCACUCGAGGUUGGUCUGGCGGCUAUCGAUGUAACUUCGCCCCACCUGAAGCUAACCCAGUACGGAGACAACUUCUGGUACUCCGUCACACUGACCACGUUGCACAGUCUUGAUCCCGCGGUGGUUUACUUCUCGGAGCACGCACUCGCCAACGGGACAUCCUACCUGCCGAAGCUGAUUCAACAGUUCCUGCCACAAACGAAGGUCCUCGGAUUGGGAAGGUCCUACUUCAACGAUAGCAUCGCCGAGAGCUACAUGACCCAACUCUGCAGCCGGGACUAUGCUCGGCUUCGAGGAUUGAUCCACAGCAAGUACUAUGGGCUGGCUUCCUGUGGCGCACUGCUAAGACACUGCAUGGAAACGGCGCUGCUGCAGAUUGCUACCAAAACACUGAAGCUGAGCUACAUCGACAAGAUGUCUACGAUGACGAUGGACGUGGAGUGUAUAGGGCAGCUGGAGCUACUCGGGCCACUCCAGAAAGGGGACGAAAAGCGGUCACUGUUUGGCUUCAUGAACCGCUGUAUUACUUCGAUCGGUAAACGACACCUGCGGGCAAACAUUAUCGAGCCAUGGACCAGCCGUGAGCGAUUGGAGAUGCGCUUGAAGUGCAUACGGGAACUGCUUGGCAAGCCGACACUUCUCCAGAGCAUACGGCGAACCUUGACGGAGGUUAAGGAUGUUGGAGGAUUGCUCAAACUAUCGGUGGACAUCGAUCGAAUGAAAACAACCCAUCAAAAUACGAUUCAUAUGCUUAAUCAAGCGUCAAGCCUUCGGAACGUACUGAAAGUAGUUCCAAAGCUGCGCGAUUUGUUGCGGGAUGUCCACGCAGAAUACCUGAACGAUUUGAAGCAAACGCUUGCGGAAUCCGCAUACGGCGAUCUGCUCUGCAAGAUUUGCGAGGUACUGGAUGAUAGUCCAGUGGAACGAAACGCAACCUACAAUAGAUUGUUUCUCGUUCGUGCUAAAAUCAAUUCCGUGCUGGACCUUCUCCGGUCCCUGUACUCCGGAGUUAUCGAUGAGAUUCGUCAGUAUGUGGCAGAGCUAAGCCUCGCCACGCGGAUGCAGCUGAAGCUUCACCAUUCCAAACCAAACGGAUUCCAUCUGCUCUACGUACUAUCGAACGAUGAGGUGGACAAUGUGGCGGAGCAGUUGAGCAGAAACUUUCAGAUACUAACCCGAACCGGCCGACGGUACACGCUCUCCAACGGACGGUUGAUAGCGUUCAAUGAGAAGCUCAAUUCCGUUGGAAAGGAAAUUGAUGAAAUUAGCUACGGGAUUAUUCGAGGAUUGAUCGCGAGUAUUCGGGAUAGUAUAGAUGCGGUAUACAAUUUGGUUGGAUGCCUAACGGACCUUGAUGUGGUUCAGGCACUUGCAACUGUAAGUCAAGGGAAAGAAUUCUGUGAGCCAAGCUUUGGCGAAGAGACGAAGAUAGUUUCCGGAAGACAUCCUCUAUUGGAGAGCUUCUCCGAUGGGCGAAAGAUUGUGCGGAACAAUGUGAUCUCCACACCCGAAUACAACGUGUUUAUCGUCACAGGUCCCAAUAUGAGCGGAAAAACGGUGUACAUGAAAACGAUCUGUGUUUUGCAGAUAAUGGCCCAGCUAGGGUGCUACAUACCAGCAUCACAGGCCCAGGUACGCAUCGUAGACCGUCUACUGACGAUAUUCGGCGAUGCGGACAAUCAGCAGCAGGAUGAUGCCGAUUCUUGCCAGAUGUACAACAAGCUGCAGUUUGUACGACACUGUCUCACUCCGAAUAGUUUGGUCGUGAUCGAUGAACUGUACGGGGACACCCAUCUUCCCGAUACAACCAGUGCCAAGUGGGCCUUACUGGAGCGCAUCAUUGACCACGUGGGAUAUGUUGGUGAGCAGCGUGAGAAACCGGUAGUGCCAACGUUGGCCGCAAUCCGUAAACCAUUCAUUUUCAUAACGACACACUGUAUGGACUUGCUGAGACCGCUCGAGGUACAUCACAACGUCUCACAGCUCUGCUUACAAACCGAAACUGUCCAAGUGGAUGGUGUGGAGCGAUUACGCUACAAGUAUGUCGUCGUCGAGGGACGUACGGCAGUGAAGAGCUAUGGACUCGCACUCGCCCGUACCGUCAACAUGCCGAAGGAUGUGUUAGACCGCGCGGAACAAUUGUGCCGCGUAGAUCUGAGGCAACAUCUUGCCCAGUGCGCCACCAACAAUCGAUCGUACAAUCGUACCGGCAAUCUGUCGACGACCACCUGCCACACCCUCUCGACGCAGGGAAGUUUCAAUGAGUUCUUCAAACUAUUCUACCACAUUUACGGCAAGGUAGCGAACAGUGUGCGUAAUGCGGAGAAUGUACAGCAGCAUCUGACCGAGCAGCUGAAUCAACUGCUCGCUUCCGUACCGGAAGAGGUGCGAGAAUUCCUCCGGGUAACGCCCCUGGAGCAGUUGCUGCAGCUUGACGCUUAGCGCUGUUGUUGAUCGCGUGCUUUCCUGCUGAUGCAAGUGUUGUUGUUUGUUUGCCCAUCAGGCCAUCAGAGGUCAUGAUACCGAGGGGUGGACGAUGAUGAAUAAACAAGUGUUUAGUAGCGUAA